CGUGGAUACCAGUACAGAGGCUUAUUUCGUGGAUUAAAGAGUGCCUCUAUUUCGGGAACCCAAGGACAUAUCACUUGGAAAAGUAAUUGGGAAUCUUUUAUGGAUACUAUGUUACAAAUGAUAAUUAUCGGAUAUGAUACUAGGGAAUUAUGUGUUCCUACGGGUAUUAAAAAAUUAGUGAUCAAUCCAAUGCUUCAUCUUUCAAAGCUGCAGGAUAACAUAGAUAAUGCAGAAGUUACAACAGACAUGGAUAAAUUAUUACAGGUACGAGUAUACAAAAAGAUAGACACGAUAAAAGCUGUCGGAGUAGAGAUUCAAGGUCUGAAAGUUACUCAGAUCUCUCGCCGGAAAUUAGCUCAAGAUGUUGUUAUCGAGGAACAUACAUUUGUAGCUCAUUGUGAUCGCGCUAAGGUUUCCUUGAACGAAGCAAUUCGGUUAUCGGCUCAACUCGUACUGGAAGAUCAUCAAAUUAUCAAAGUGCAAGCCGUUGAGCUAGUGGAAGAUGUCGAUGAUGUUGAAUUAGAACAUCUCUCGUCUUCGUUAUUGCUUGAGGCAUUUGGUGAUAUACCACUGAUAGAAAUGAAUGUCACUCUAUUAACAUCAUCAAAUCGUUUCAAGCCAGAAGACUUACCGCAAAACUUCUCAAUCAAAGAUUUUGAAAAAUCAUCUUUGGAUGGCAAAGCUUUAAUUGUCGCUGGAUUCAACCUUUUGACCAAACAACACGCAUCAUUAAAGCAACUGUUGCCAUUUUUGAGAAAGGAUGGUUAUCUGUUGACUCGUGAGAAGUGCGACUUAAUUGAUUAUAAAAAAUAUUUGCAGCAAUACGAAUUAAAUGUUAUACUCGAAAAACGCACUGAUGAAGAACUAGUUAUGCUUUUGAAAAAAAAAGUUUUGAUAAAAGAAAGGACUAUAGUUUACAUAAGUAAUGAUAACUUUAAUUGGCUGGAGAAUCUAAAGUCGCUUUUGAGUGACGAAAACAAACUUGACAAGAAUAGUAGAAUUAUAAUUGUGGGAGAGAAAAAUUUUGAGUGCGGUUUAUUGGGUUUUAUUAACUGCUUGAGAAAAGAGCCAGGUAGUGAACUUGUUAGGAGUGUGCUCGUUCAAGAUGAGGAAGCUCCUAAAUUUUCUCUUCAAGACCCCGUUUACUUACAGCAAUUGCAGAAAGAUAUGACCAUUAAUGUAUUGCGACCUGAUAAAACCUGGGGAUCAUACAGAUAUUUAAAAUUACCACAACCGGAACCGAAACCUGUACUAACCGGCCAUGUCUGCCAAACGAUAUGCGGAAAGGUUUGUGGUGACUUGAAUUCAUUUCGUUGGAUAGAAAAUAAUUUAUCUGUCGUGUCUCGUCAUGAGGAUUUAGUGCACGUUGUUUACUCCUCUCUGAAUUUUAAAGAUGUAAUGCUCGCCACUGGUAAAUUAACAUCUCAAGAGGAUAUUUUAAAAGGACGGUUAUUUCAGUCUCUUCCUCUUGGUAUGGAAUAUGUGGGUUUUGACGUUAACGGACAACGUGUAAUGGGAAUUCGUAAUACUGAUUGCAUAGCAAACAUUGUUGAGAAAGAUGAAAAACUUUGUUGGAAUAUACCCGAUGUGUGGACAUUCGAAGAAGCAGUGACGGUUUCAGCGAUAUACAGCACGGUCUAUUUAGCUUUAUACAUUCAUGGGAAAAUAAAAAAGGGUGAUAAAAUACUUAUACAUUCUGGUACUGGAGGCGUUGGACAAGCAGCUAUUCAUGUCGCUUUUAAGGAAGGAUGCGAAGUAUUUACUACCGUCGGCACAAAUGACAAACGGAAUUUCAUUAAGAAAAUGUUUCCGAUCAUUCCGGAUGAUCAUAUUGGAAAUUCUCGAGAUACAAGUUUCGAACAAAUGAUUAUGCGUCAAACGAAAGGUUGCGGUGUCGACAUUGUGUUAAAUUCAUUGGCGGAAGAAAAAUUAAUCGCCUCCGUUCGGUGUUUAGCUCGAAACGGUCGAUUCAUAGAGAUUGGCAAAUUUGAUCUUGUUUCUAAUAAUCCCCUAAGUAUGUUUGCAUUUCAAAAGGGUAUCAGUUUUCACGGCAUUAGAAUGGAAAAUUUGAUGUUAAGAACUUAUGAUAGUAAGUGGAAGCGUAUAUUGAAAAAAAUGAUAGACGAUGGUCUACAAAAUAAAAUAAUCAAACCAAUUCAUGCAAAAAUUUUUCCAAAAUCUGAUAUUGAAGAAGCUUUUAGGUAUAUGGCGAGCGGAAAACAUAUGGGAAAAGUAAUAAUAAAUGUCCAUGAGAAGGAUGAACCUUUGGAUAAGCACAUUCUCGCCUAUCGUCGCUAUUAUUGUCUCAGAGAUAGGAGUUAUAUUAUACUAGGUGGUUUAGUCGGAUUUGGUUUAGAGUUAACCGACUGGCUUAUAUUUCGUGGCGCCAAGAACAUCAUUUUGGUUUCUCGAAAUGGAAUAAAAAACGCACCGGUAGACGCGAUAUUCAAUCUGGUAUUGAAGGACGGCGUCUUCAAGAACCAAACCGCAGAAACAUUUGCAGAGUCUUUCCAAUUGAAGGCUCGUGCAACGCAAAUGUUGGACAAACUUUCUAGGAAAAUCUGUCCUAACCUGCGACAUUUUGUGGUAUUCUCUUCUGUUUCCUGCGGCAGAGGAAAUGCUGGGCAGACUAAUUAUGGCAUGGCCAACUCCAUCAUGGAAAGAAUUUGCGAGAAGAGAGCGGGAGAAGGAUUACCAGGAUUGGCGAUUCAAUGGGGAGCUGUGGGUGAUGUGGGUCUUGUCGCCGACAUGCAGGAGGACGAUAAGGAACUAAUUAUCGGAGGCACUCUACAGCAAAAGAUAUCCUAUUGUCUCGAUGAGCUCGAUAAGUUUCUACUUCAAAGUCGGCCCAUUGUGAGCAGCAUAGUUGUAGCUGAAAAAAUGAGAUGUCAUGGAAAUCUGAUAGAAACAGUCGCUAAUAUUUUAAACAUAAGUGACAUAAAGCUUGUAAGUCCAAAUUCAUCUCUGGCUGAACUUGGAAUGGACUCCAUGAUGGCCGUAGAAAUCAAGCAAAUUCUGGAACGAGAAUUUGAUACAUUUGUCACAGCACAAGAGAUACGAAAUCUCACUUUCGCAAAACUCAUUAAGAUGUCCGUUGUAAUCAUCAAUGACAAUGAUGUGGAUAAUGAAAAGAAAUUGGGCAAAGAGAAGACAGACGUUAUAAAAUUUUUUGUUGGCAUUACAUUAAAAGAUGAAGAUUUUGUUUCUCCAAUUGAAUUUUUGACUAAUAAACAGAACACUAUGACUGAAAUACUUCUUAUUCCGGGUAUCGAUGGAUGUAGUACUAUAUUUAAAACCAUAAUACCAUAUAUUAAAUUUUCAACAUCAUUGUUGCAUUAUAACACAAACAACACGGGUUGUACAAACAUGAUAAUGGAGACUACUAAUCGUUUCACAAAUGUAUGCAAUAUACUUUCGAAGCUAACAGACGGAAAAGAUUUUAUAAUAGUAGGGUAUUCCUUCGGAUCUCUUAUUGCAAUUGAAGUAACAAGAAAAUUAGAAGCUAUGAAUUUUAAAGGCCGACUUAUUUUAAUGGAAUUGAAGAAAUGUGAGAGUUGGGAUGAAAGAUUUGAUAUUUUCGCUAAACAAUUCUCAAUUGUAUAUACAUAUCUCUCACUUUCAAAUUUAAAGACACUAUGUACAACAAUUUACAAACAUUUAUCCGCUCUCCGAGAAUAUGAUCCUUCUACUUUGCUGCCUAUUAAGUCUCCCAUAACAUUGGUAAAAUGUACAUCCUCGUUUAAUAUACCAAUGAUCGAAAGAGAGGAUUAUGGUUUGCAUAAGGUAACUCAAGGUGUAGUACAUUAUAUUAAAGGUGAUCAUGUGACAAUCUUCAAAAAUACAAAAGUAGCGGCUGCAAUUAACGGAGAAUUACCAUUUACAAUAUGAUGUUUUAAUUUUUAAGUCAUUUUAGUCAAUAUUUGAUAAACAGAUUGCAAUUAGCGC